UGGAGAGUGAGGUCAUCACGUUCGACCUCCUUUACAAAAGCGCAAUUGUUCGUUGCAAUGCGUGCACUUAAAAGAUUGUGGUUCCUUUCUAUUUUUACCUCGUGCUUCGCCAGCGACAGAAGUGCUUCACUCAACUGCUGUAAGGCUUUCCCCGAAUCCGACUCUUGGCCGUCGAAAAGUGCGUGGUUGUCUUUGAACGAAACACUGGAAGGCAAUCUGAUCGCCGCUAUUCCACCAGCUUCGGUGUGCCACUCUGACCGACCAAACUACGACAACGCUACGUGCGCAGAAGUCACCAAGCUAUGGACGACAUCGUGGGAGUUCCAUGCGGAUGAUCCCGUGAGCGUUGGUGAAAACAACUGGAGCAACGACACUUGCUUGCCGAAUCCAAAUGCACCCUGUACGGGACACGGCUACCCGAUUUAUGUUGUCAAUGCCAGCAAGCCCGAGCAUGUGCAGACCGGUAUUAAAUUCGCACGAGAUAAUAAUGUCCGCCUCGUCGUCAAAGGGACAGGACAUGAUUUCCGAGGUAGGACCGCUGCGCCUUACUCUUUGUCGAUCUGGACACGCCACCUUAGAGGCACGCGUUUCCACGAGGCCUACCAAACAUGUGGUGCUCUUCCAGCGGACGAUUUGAAUUUUUAUUCGGGCCCUGCUAUCACGGUGGCAGCUGGUGAGAACAAUGGCGCAGCUCUGGCUCUUGCAAAUGAACAUGGCCUAAUGGUUCAUGUCGGCAGCGCCCCGAGCGUUGGAGUCGGCGGCUUUCUUACAGGAGGUGGACAGACGCUUUUCAGCUCCCAAAAAGGGCUUGCAACUGACGCUGUGCUCGAGUUCAGCAUUGUACUCCCAAAUGGGGAUAUCGUGACAGCAAGCGCAUGUCAGAACACAGACGUAUUUUGGGCGGUUCGAGGAGGCGGCGGCUCAACCAUUGGGAUCGUUCUCAACUUUACUGUCAAAACAUUCCCGUCCAUACCCAUAACGAGCACGACGUUUGGAUUUUCGAGUCCGACACUAGUCAAUGAUGCUUUUUGGAGUGCACUUACUUACAUGGCGACUCAGAUGACAAUGCUUGUGACGGCGGGCAUAACGAUGUAUGCCAGCGUGGUACCUCCGAUAAAUGAGUCCACUUCAUGGUCAUUCUCAGGGAAAUUCAUGGGUUUAAAUCAGUCAAGCAUAGACACAAGGGGCUAUCUUGCACCAAUCGCAGAGCAUUUUAAUGUUUCGUACGGUUCAGAUAUCCUUGCAUCUCUGACAGAGAUACAAGAGUGGCCCUCAUUCUAUGAUUGGUGGAGUAAACAGGUAGAUGCCACUCCAAUGGGUAUUGACCUUGCUUUUGCUUCUCGCAUUCUAGACGAGAAGGCGCUGAAUCAUCCGAAUUUCACCGACUUGAUUAAACAAGCGGCAGGGACCGGUGGUGUUGCUUUCAAUGGUGUGUCAGGCCCGGGAACACACGCGUAUCCCGCAGACUUUAACGCAGCAUGUCCGGCAUGGCGGGUUGGCUAUGUCCAUUCCAUUGUAGGUGCCGUUUGGUCGCCGUUCAACACCACCGCCAAAAGUGCGGCAAUUGAGAAUCUCACCAAUGUCACUUCAGCAGCCCUAAGAAAACUUGCUCCAGACACCGGCUCGUACGUCAAUGAGGCUAGCCCUUAUGAGCCGAAUUAUCAGAAUGCCUUCUGGGGCAGCAACUAUCCUAGAUUGCUUUCCAUCAAGAGGAAACUAGAUCCAACAGACGUCUUCUGGUGCGAAGCAUGUGUAGGUAGUGAGAGGUGGUAUAUACGGGAUGACGGUGCUCUCUGCCGUACAUAAGAACAAGCGUGUUUACUUUGUAGAAGCAUAAGUUGAAGAAUAUUUAGAUGGCACUCGGAUUGACAAGCUCCUCGAUAGAACAUGGACAAAAGUCCAAAGUCACAUGUACAUGCCACUGAUGAGGAUAUUGAAGAGUUUAG